AUGUCUGAUCUGCGGCAGCGGGUGUUUCUGCAGAGCCUGCUCUUCGGCUGCUUGCUUUCGGCCUUGACCUUGAGCAUCGCCCACACUUUCUUCGGCCCGCGGUAUGGCGAGGCCGAGGAUGCUGAGGCCACGCCGUGCUGGCAGUCGGAUGCGAAUUCGGAGCCUGGCCUUGCCGUUAGUGGCCCGGAGACGAACCUCAGCAGCCUGGAUGUGGAAGAGCAACUGCGGAAUUUGUUGUCGCUCCUCCGUUGUAACGACAUGGACCAGUGCAUCCGGCAUGCCAGGUUGGCUGGCGAGGUUCGCGACACAUACCAUCGGCACAUCCUGGCUCAGAGGCGUCUCACUCUGCAGGGCGCUGCUGGCAACGGCGCCCAGGAGUGCAGCGGUUUCUUGGGAAUACAGGACCAGCACCCAGACCUUGUCCCGAUGCCCGAGUCGCUUCGCCCACGGCCUUCUUUUCAAGAAGCUUUCGCGGAUUUGAACAUCGUUGGCCUGCCCAAGACGGGCACGACGCAGCUCUAUGAAAUCCUGGCCUCCCACCCAAACGUGAGAAGACUGAAUCCGAACCGCAAGGAAAACUGCGCAGUCUACCCGCGCACGAGGAGGGACGUGGUUCUCGAUGCACAGAACGAUCUGGACAAAGAGAAGCGAAAGCUCCAAGUCAAUCUGCACUCUUUCGUUCAAUCCAUGGCGGCAACUCGCUCCGGGCAUUCUAGUUCGCCUGGUGCAGCACCCGCCAUUACGCUGAAUGGGUGCGUCAACUUUGCCAGCGUGGCGUUCACGUGGUAUUAUUUGAGGCCGACCCAUCGCAAGUUCAUCCUCAUGUUUCGCGAUCCCGCUGACUGGCUGUGGUCUUCCUGGAAUUUCUUUGACCAGCAGAAACACCUCGAUGCCGAAGGUCUUGGUCGCUAUGGCUGGGUGAAGAAGAACUAUCGUUCGCCAGAGUUGUUCCAUGAGCUGCUUACAUCCAGAUCGCAGACGCUGGGAGGGCAGUGGCUCGUGAGCUGGCGAUGCAGGAGCCUCGAGGAUCCCAGGCUUCUGAUGCGGAUGGUUGGACGCAGCAGCAUCCUCUUCUUGAGGAACGAGGACUUGGUACCCAGCAGAAUAAACCUGAAAGGCGGUUUGCUGGAGAAAGUGGGAGGCUUCCUGGGCAUCAGCUCGCAGAAGUUUGACCCGGACACUUACUCGCAGAUCAUGAAUUGCAACAACAAGAAGGGCUUCAAGUCCAAGUGCGACAACCUCACGACGGCCUACAAGGUGAGCGGAGGCAGGAGCUUGCUGCCUGAGACACGAGUUGUCAUCUACCUGCAGUUCUGGGAGCUAUGCAACAUUUGGGCGGUGGAGUUCGGCAUCGUUUACCCGGACUGCCUGAACGUGAUCAACUCCACGGCCCCCACAUGA